AUGUCUUCCAAUCGCGCGCCCUCGCCGGCGACAACCUCCCCGCCGCCGUCGACGUCCGCGGCACCAGCGCCGAUGCUCCGUUUCUCCUCGCCGUCGCACGCCGCGAGGCGCCUGUCGACCCACGGCGGCAGCCGCAAGUCCCCUGCUUCGGGGCACGGGGCGGGGGGGCUCCCGCCGCAGGUCGUCGCCGCCGCCGUCGCGGCGGCGGUGAUCCUCGCCGGCGUCCUCAAGGCGGCGCAGCAGCAGCAGCUGCCUCACAAGGGCAUGAUAUUCUACGCGGACACCUCCGGCUUCAAAGGGAACACCUCGGGGUACUACGCUCCCCCCGGCGGCGCGAGGCCGCAGUGGCAGAACCAGGUGGCCCCGGCGGCGGUCACGAGCUCGACCGGCGGGCUGUCGUCGCCCAUGCCGCCGCCGCCGCUGCCGAUGCCCGCGGGCCUGGACACGGCCGCGUUCAGCUACACAGAGCUGGCGGCGGCGACGGGCGGGUUCUCGGAGGCGAACCUGCUGGGGCAGGGCGGGUUCGGGUACGUGCACCGCGGCGUGCUCCCGGGCGGCAAGGAGGUGGCGGUGAAGCAGCUCAAGGCCGGGAGCGGGCAGGGCGAGCGCGAGUUCCAGGCGGAGGUGGACACCAUCAGCCGCGUGCACCACCGCCACCUCGUCGCCCUCGUCGGGUACUGCAUGGACGGCGCGCACCGGCUGCUCGUCUACGAGUUCGUGCCCAACCAAACCCUCGAGCACCACCUCCAUGGGAAAGGGCGGCCGGUGAUGGAGUGGACGAUGCGGCUGCGCAUCGCGGUCGGCGCCGCCAAGGGGCUCGCCUACCUGCAUGAGGAAUGCGAUCCUCGGAUCAUCCAUCGCGACAUCAAGUCGGCCAACAUUCUGCUGGACAACAACUUCGAGGCCAUGGUUGCGGAUUUCGGGUUGGCCAAGCUGUCCAGCGUGAACCACACGCACGUGUCGACGCGUGUCAUGGGCACAUUCGGGUACCUGGCGCCGGAGUACGCGUCCAGCGGGAAGCUGACGGAGAAGUCGGACGUCUUCUCCUACGGCGUGAUGCUGCUGGAGCUGCUCACCGGCCGCCGCCCCGGCGACCGCUCGUCCUACGGCCAGGAUGGCCUCGUCGACUGGGCGAGGCAGGCCCUGCCGCGCGCCCUGACCGACGGCAACUACCACAACCUCGUCGACCCGAGGCUGGACGGCGACUUCGACAUGACGGAGGCCGCGCGCCUCGUCGCCUGCGCCGCCGCCUCCGUCCGCCACGCCGCGCGCCGCCGCCCCAAGAUGAGCCAGAUCGUGAUGGCGCUGCAGGGGGAGAUGCCGCUCGAGGAGCUCAACGACGGCGCGCGGGGGCACGGCGGCACGUCCAGCUCCGGCUCGGGAUCGGGGUCGGAGUACGGGUCCGGGUCCGGAUCCUACACGGCGCAGAUGGAGCGCAUCCGGAGGGCGGCGCUGCCCAGCCCGGAGUACAGCGCCGACUACCCAGGCUCCAUCCCGGAGUACGGCCACCCGUCGCCGGCCAGCAGCGCCAGCCCCGCCGAGCGGGAUGAACGCCGGCGCCAUGGAGGUCCCCGCCGGUGACCGUGAAGGAGAAAUCAAGAUCGUGUGGUGUUAUCUCGCUCGUGUGCAAAGUUCACAUAAUCACAACCAGCAGCAGCAGGGUCCUAUGGAUCCCUUUCUCCCGUCGGGUGUCUGCGCCAUAUGUGAUUUGUUGCAACGUUUGCUGUUCUAACUCCAAUGUCCAAUGUACCGCUACUGUGACUCUGUGAGUUGGGUAUGAUUCCUAUUUAGC